AUGGUCACUGAGACGGUUAAGGAAGAUACGGGCGAAGGUAUUUCCUGCGAUGUUGAGCAGCGGAACUCCUCUGUGGUUGUCGCCGAUUUGCCGGUUUCCCUCCCGUUUGUAGAGGCAAACGACUCUCGUAUCGUUGAAAUCCUGAUGAACUUGUCCGUGAUGUCACAUCUCAUGAACUGGCGCGGUGAGUUGCUCCACAAUCUGGGGGCUGCUGCGCUUAGAGACUUUAGGUGGGAUAGCGUCAUAUUCCGGAACUUUCUUUUUAGGUACUUGAUGCACUCGGUGAAAUGUUACUGGAAGAGAAGGCGCAGAUACAGAGCGUCGUUCGUUUCCAUUUGGGGUAGGCUAUCGAUGACGGAGUCGGAAAUUGCCGAGGGGCGGUCGAGUUCGUCAACUAAUUCUUGGGCCCAGCGCCUCAGAACCUGUGCUUUUUCCGUCAGAAGCUCUGUUGCACAGUAGCUGAGAAAUUGCAUGGUUCAUUUAGUUGGAUAGGCAUGGAUCUCCAUGAGUGAUGAAAAAAAUUCUUAAGUUAAUGAGGAACAGCAUACUAGAGUCAUACUGGAGUUCUACAUGUCCCACAGUCGGAGCAGUACGGUGCGAAAAUGACGGAAAAAGGCCGUCUUGUUUGCUGCGAUCCGGUGGUUCACGUAGGCUUUGUGCAGCCGACGCAUUCCAGCGAACAUUUGACUGAUGUCUCCGUCGUUGUCGUUAAAUCGGUCCUAACGUUGACGACGUGAGCAAACGCGCAUUUUGAAUUCAGUUUGGAAUUUUUACCUCCGGAAUAUCCACCUUUUUCGAAAUUUCUGUCUACCGGACGCUCCGAUGGCCGGGUGUGAUCAGAAAGUUUAUCUCUAUUCACAGUAUCUCGAUCCUCACAGGACUACAGCGGGACUUUGUUGAAAAAACCAGUGUCCUUUCGACCACGUCUCUGUUAAAAACCUGCGAGAUUUCCCAAACUGAAGAGAUGCUGAGUCGUUUGUUAGGUACUUAAUACCGUUGGCGUGCUUAAACAGCUUUUCUAACAACGUCGAAAAUUUUUUUUAUUCAUUUACCUAAUAAGGGUAGGCGAAAAGGUGCUGUCGGAACAUUACACGGUAAGUUCGCACCUAGUCGGAAUCAGUCCUUCCCCAUGUGCAGAUUGCUUUGUUGUCAGCCAACGUUUUCCCGUAUCGGCGUCGGCCCUAGUCCCGUCUAGCUCUUCUUCUGAGCGCAAUAUCAUCGAUCCAGUUUAAACCUGCCACCUUGAAACAUUCCCAAGUAGCUAUAACUACUUAAAUGCUGUUCCAAAUUUUAUCAGGCUACAUGAUCUUACAGGUAAAGAUGGACUAAUUCUAGAUCCUCAAUCGACCUCCAUGGCUCAGAAUUUAAUUUAAUUAAUUAUUUUUUAUUAAAGACCCAUCGGGGUCCCAUCAAAGCAAGUAAAAAUAAAUUUACAUGCGAAUUUUAGACGAGGUAGGCAAAAUCUGUCCAAGGUGCAAGACAUUUUUGAGAUUAGAAGUCCAUUAAGAAAAAUGAAAAGCGAGGGGUGAAAAAAACUCCAUACAAAAAUUUAAAAUAGGUUGGAUUAAUUUUACAGGAGAAAGAAACCCCUCGAAAAAAUAGAAGACAGAAAAAUGCGGGCAGGACUGGCCUGCAUGUGGCGGUAUAGAAUGGUUUACAGUCGGACAUCAACAGGGCCGAAAUAAAUGUCAGCUGUAUAUGGCAUUGUAUAACGGAUUUCAUGAAGGGGUUAGUAGGCGGGUCGGUCAGGACUGGCCUGUAUGUGGCCUUGAAUAAGGCAAAUAAGUGGCGAAAUUGAAAAGCAGUCUCGAGGCGAUAGGAACCUAGAUGCGGUCGGUUACAUUCAUCCGAGUCCAUCCGAGGAUGGGGCAAGGAAGAUGCGACCAGACUAUUAGCAUAUGGCGAAUAAAGAAGGUUUCGCCAAGAGCAUUGAUGGAGCGCAUUCUGUGAGAGCACGACGCAUGAACUGAAAAAUUGGAAAAAUUAAAAUUUCUCGUGAGGGAUCAUAGGAAGCGAGACUACUCACAAAAGAAGGAAAUGUGAACAGAUACGGAAAUUUAAUGGCGGCAUACUAAUUUCCUGGUGGCCCUUUCUCAGUGCCAUAGAAAAAUUUGUCUGGGAAGGAUGAGGAAACCAAAAGUUUAAUCGAGUCAGUAUUCAGAAAAAAGGCGUAGCCUUCUCUUAAAUGUGUGUAGAUUUUCAGAAGAUCUUAUAUUUGUUGGAAGGUUAUUCCAGAGGAAAGUAUAUAUGGAAGCGAAAAAAAUGACGAUUUAGUUAACAGAACUUGAUCAAAUCCAUCCCGUUCCUGUGUCAGGCCAUCAAGUCCGACCUAGUGGCAAAAGUGAAUGGGCCGGAUAAUAGCCCAGGCAGAUCUUUACCUGCUCCUUUCCGGAGUGCUCAAUUUAAGGAAGACACCACAGAUGGGAAGCCCACUAACAGUGCCCAUGAGGCGUUAUAAUAAAUCUAUUCUGUUCUAACGCACCAGCCUGUGAAAUGCAAGUAUACAGUGUCGUUGAAAAUUUCUCUAACCCCACAGCAGUCCUGACUUCUAAAAAUAUGUAGCUUACUGAUAUUGCAACCAGUUUCUCAGGACCAAUUUGUCUGUUUUCUAAUAUAAAUCACUCCUUAUAUUAUGCUCGACAUACUCAAAAUCCUAUUUUUAUGCUUCCUAUUUUCUUCAAUCGCAUGAAGUAGCAUUCAUCUUAAUUGACUCUGCUCAAAUAUAUUUCCAUACGAUACUGCCGCAUCAGGUAGUAGCAACAUGUGCACAAAUUUCAGACCACAGUAACUUUGCUUUUCGCCCCUUACUUAUUUCUUACAGCUCAUUUUUCCACCACCAGGUCCUCCUUUUUCAUAAUUAAUGAUAGUCGAAACCUGCAUCUGAGGAAGACGUUCAAUGUAGUUUCUCUCGACUAGAGACCAGUUGUGCAAAAGAUGGCUCAGCUGGGGGCUGUAUCCUUUGAGUUUGACCCAGAUGUUUUGUGCAUUAAGAGUCUUCGGCUAACUCUCUAAUUUCUGACCCGGCACUCGUCAUAGAUAGUCCCAGCUUAUACCGACAAGAUGUUGUGGAAAGCAUGGCGGUGGUUGUCUUUUUCACGUCAGAGCUUUACUUGCACAUUUACCUAAUGACCCCGACUUUUCUUCAUUUUCGGGAAAUCUCCGCUACCUUUCCAUAAUCCUUCCGCAAAAUAGGAAAGCCUUAAUUUGACGUUCACAUAAUCCUCCUUGUUACUACGGAAGUGAAAGCCACCUUUGUGAACUCCGAAAAAUCGCAGUAACUCCAUUCCAUGUCAAGAAAAUCAUAGGCGAUUUUAAUUUGCAGGAAAUUAGCCGGCACACACCCAUCCCUCUCCUAAAUUCCAGAAGCUUUUGGCUGCAAUUCACUUCUCAAACUGGUCUCAAUUAUUCUACUCUUCGACCAGAAACUAUAGUAUAUCAGAUUCGGUUUUUACUAAUGGCAUCCACUCUUUAGGUAUGCAUUUCCAUCGUGAUCUUUUUGCAGGUGGUCAUGCAUUAAGUCAAUGUUGUCUUCUGGUUUCAACUACUGCAAAGCCAGCAGUGGCACGUGGCUUCUCGACUAUGUUAGUACUGACAAGGAAUUAAUAACUAUUUGUGCACGCACUCUCAAGUGGAACAGUUUUUUUCCAAAUAUCGAUCCACAUUUUUGCUACGAUUUGUUGCAUCAGGUAACAGAAGGUCUUUUUGAUCUCAUUCCGCCGAAGAAGGUCAAAUCGAGUGUCACUUACUCCACUGUCCCACAUUUUCUUGAAAAAAGACUUUAACAACUACGGAAGCAGCCUAAGGACCCUUCCGUAAGCUUAUUAUCGGUCAACCUAAGAAUUGCUAAAGUAUUUGCAUUAGCUGCGAUAAUGAAGCUGGCGCGACCUGGGCGUAGGGAGACUUUAGCUGUUCUAUUUCGUUGCUGAUCCGAGUACCUCUAGAUCUGUUGCUCUGGUCUUACGUCAAAGAUCAUCAGCUAUUUUCCACCAAAUCAUUUCGCACUUGUUUAGUUGGUCAUUCACCCUUUUGCAAUGAGCCGUUCCAGACGCGCUGACAUGAAGUCCCACGACACGUCCGCAGAGACGCAGCCGCCCAUGCAGCUACUCGAACGCGCCUCCCCCCUGCAACCAAAACCUAAGUCACUGGGACACUACCCCUCGGUAAAUGCAACAUACACUAACCGGACACCACUUGAGUUUGGUACACGAGCUUACAAAAGUGACUGCCACCACUGCCCCAGGGACUCUCAGGCCUGACUAGACGCAGUCACCAUCAGCACUGGCUUCGCCAUUGGCACUGCCGCCUGAGAGGACAUCUCCGGACUUUGUAUACAUUAAACCCCUCAUUCUUGUGCCUUCUGUCUUUUCCUUCCAAGAUAUGAUUUGACCUGACGAUGGCAGCUCACAGAACACACACUCACACCUCUUAGCUGCUACAAGCAAAAAAAGGGCGGCUGGAGGUUCUUAGUGUUAAUGGGCGAUUGCAUAGAGAGCCAUUUAAAUGAGUUUCGGUAUCAACUAUAGUCUAAUUUUUCCCCGAGGAUUAUUAGGAGAGCUUUCAAAUUAUUUAUUAAACAUCCUAAAGAACAGUUUCUACUGUUAAAACUGUUUUUUAUCCGUUUGUGUCUAUUUUAUAGACAUACAUUCAAUAUAAUAAAGUCCUUUUUUAUUGGAACGAUUAACUUCUGAUUUAAGUGUUAACAAUUCAUAGGCGGUUAGAUCUUGUGAAAAAUUUCUGAUGAUAUGGGAGGUGGACAACUUUCUUUAACUCUACUACGUUUCCCUAAAUUUGAUCAGCAUACACAAUGUCUAUUUCACUUUGCUGGCAUGUCUGAUUGUGUCCUCUGAUUUACUAAAAGUUGCAAACUUCUGCCCAUAUAGAAACUGUCAGAGUGUCUCGGAUACCGUUUCGUCUAUCACCAUUGCCACCGUCAAUGGUAUGUGUCAGGAAAACUCGAAGAAUCCGCUCGGAAAAAUAACCAAUCACCUGACAGACAUCAUUAACAAAUAGGGGACGUGUGCGACGCCUGACGACCCCAAAGAGGUUCGUGCAGCGAGCUGCGCAGGCCGUUCAUCGUUCUCUUUUCAAUCACGUCUCACCGGUAAGACAAGCAUUGCAAAAAGGAAAUCUAAUUGUUUGUUUAUGUAAUUGCUUGCCUUUCAUAAACAAGUAAUUGCAAACUAUGCGGAAGGAAAUUUUUUCGCCGCGCGAAUGACGAUUUUAGGCAGAUUGGCAUCUCCAAAGAUUUCAGCCUCACAUUAGCUUAACGCGUUCCGUAGACGCCUCGAGGAGUCACGAUACCAUAGGUAACUAACUGUUUCUGGCUGAUCGUGCAGUUCUUAGUCAUCGCAUCCGGCGCUCAACUGCCUAGGCAGUAAUUUUUCGACAUCGAGCCGCCUUACAUGAAACAUUUCGGGUACCAGGGAAAGGUGACCUUUCGGACAUAUGUGAAUGUGUAACCGCUUUGACUAGUUUCGAUAUCGUCCGCCGGGCUACUCUUAUUAACCCUUGUAUAAAAUCUUGAGCUGACUAUAAUGCAUUCAAUCUGACUGGCUGUGCGGCCAUCGUUCGAAUACCUGGUUAGCGUGUGUUUGCAGUUUUGCUGUCAGCGCACCUCGGUGACAAAUAGACGCAUCUGUUCAGCCACGCCCAGCGGUCGUUUGUCAUUGCCUUAAAUUGGGCGAAUAUGGUUGCAAAUUUAAGUAAAAUCAGCCCAAAGGACGCUUAUAAAUAUCCACUCUCGAAAUUAAGCCAAGUAUUUCCAUACGCUUCUUUCAGUGUUUCCCCGCAAACUGUUGUUGAGCGCUCUUUGCUGCUCUCAGGUAAGAUCCUCUAUGGCGCAUCAACGGGACUUCCAAAAGGUGUAGCUCUAUUUGCCGAUUUACGAAUGCUAUAGUUACGCUUGAGUUGCCGGUCCUUCCUCUAGACGAAGAUGAGUCUCCGCCUAUCUCCCUGUUGUCAUUUGAACUGCUUUUUUCGAAAUACCCAACUAUGAUUUAACGUUUCCCUGAGAGGCCGUCUUUACUUUAGAAAACAUUUUGAUUCGCCGCUUCAUGCGACCGUAAACCAAAUUGUAAGAAAUAAUUUUGUCGAAAACCUGCAUGGAAUUUCACAAAUAUCCACGCAAACUACUGUUUGUAGAUCAGCUUCGAAAUAAGCAUUCUAUAAAAUUGAGUAUUAUAGGAUGACCCUGCAUGGACAUCUUUUGCAGUACGCGGGAAUUCGACUAGUUUUCGGUAUGUUUUUAGAGUUGUUUGGAGCAAAGUUCAAUAAAUGUGCUGUCCUAUGAAGUAUUUACCGAAAUUCUUAAAUGGGCUUUCAAUGCGAAAAAUUGCUUAAGUAGGGUCGUAAUACUAAUUGUCGUGUAGCAUAAUCCUAAGAUGUUUCAGUCACGUCAAGGUUCCGGCCUUUCAAUGAGAUUCUCUCUUUCCGUCUACAAAAACUACACUCUGCAAAAAAUACCUACAUAGGUAAUACGGAUUUUCUCCACCGAUUUUAUCGCCUCAGUAAUUCAAUUAUGUUUAUAGAAAGAGUGCACGAAAAUAUCUUCUCUUGUGCUCAUUUCGUAGAAACCUACAUCUUCAAAUUUUAUACUCAAAGAAGGGGUAUCUUUCGGUUUUAAAAGGUUUUAAUCGUGAGAUUUUUUGAGACCAUAGAAUUUCCAUUGAUACAACAUCGUAUCUGCACGUUUAUCAAUGUUUCUUAUAAGGUAAACAACCUGGUCCAUAUCCGCUGCACAAUUAUGAGUACUACAUAACGUCUUCCUAGAAUCGCAGGCAACUGAAUGAUAUUCCCUUGGCGGUUUUCAAACCCUGAAUGCACUUGUAAGGACAGCUGGGACAAAAGUUGUUCAGGGGCUGGGAAAGCUUUUAAAAAUCGAAAGGUACUCUCUCUUCAAGUAGGAAAUUCAAAGAAGACGUAAUUUAAUAAGAAAUAAGUUCAGAAAUAUUUUUGGGCAUGUCUUCUAUAAAAUAUGAUUGGAUUUAUAAGGGCAUCCACAAUCAGUCGGAAAAUACAUAUUACUUAAGUUAUCUCCCUUUACUAAGUGUGGUUUUAGCAAACAGCCGACAAGGAGUUCAUUUAAUAGCCGGCAUGUUGACGUGACUGAAGUAUUUUGUGAGUUUGCUACAAGAUAAUGCAUAUUGCAGCCCCACUUAAGUUAUCUUUCGAAUCGAAAACAUUUCAGAAUUUCGGUCAACAGUUCACGAGCUAAUACAUCCACUGUAUGUCGAAUUGGCCUAGCCUAGACGACGCAGUCGAGUAAUCUGCCUUAUGCGCUACUUCAAAUAUGGAACUUCUCUACGGUAAACUCGUCCUUCCUGGAUCUAGCUCGUUGUGUCAAAACAGUGAUAAUGAGAUCACUCUUAUUGCUCAAAUUAUAAUCGGAGUUUUCGGGGCCGUUCAUAAUAAAUAAUUUUUUUUCCUUCUCAAAACUCCAAUGGCAGUGAAAAACCAGACUACAUCCUGGCGCCGUUCUCAUUUACUACAGCAUCUGAUUGAGGUGUAAUCAUAAAGACGUGUUAAAGGCGACUUUGUUGCUGUAAGUAUCGCCGUUUUUCUCCAAAUUCAGAUUGACCAUUAUUCCCAUCAGCCCCUUCUACGGAGUAGUUUACAAUGCUGCCCCCCAAUCUGACCGUCUUUAGUGUGCAUUCAUUUUCGUUCUAGAUGGUCAAACUUAUGGCUGUUUUUUGUGAUUUGUCGCCUGUUUUCCCAACCAGUCUGCUAGGCCAUCCUUUCACCUCAUAGGUCGCUCGUGUUCACAUGUGUAGCCACAGUCAUAUUCUAGUCAAAGUCAUAGGCCCCAUUUCUUUGAGAGGCUCAAGCGUCAGCGCGAAAUGCAUGGCCGUCAAAAGCGUUGAUUGCUAUCAGUUCUAAAUUUACUGUUGCCCUUAACACCAGCGAUUUCGUCCUCUGGCGGUGUAGCCUUCCCAGCAUUCAUCUUGAUGUCCAAGACACUUGGUUUUAGCGCAUCCGUUUAGGACUGUCUCUACUGUGCCUUUUCUAGUUUUAUAUUUCGGCGCACCGCACGCAGAUACUGUCCUCUGCUUUUCUUGGAGUCGUAAAUCAUGUCUAUCCUUACUCACACUGCCCACAUAUUUUUCCAGUCUCACUGA